GUGAACGAUAGUUUCAUACAAGACUUCAAGAGCUUGAGGGAAAGAACACCACCACCAUCGUCAUCAUCAUCGUCAUAGCACUAUCAUUUCAUUUUAUAUGGAGAAGAGCUCGAUGAGCAGCGGCAGCAGCAGGAGCAACAUGGGUUCGGCCUCAGCGGCCAUCAGCAGCUCCGAUCUCAUCGACGCCAAGCUCGAGGAGCACCAGCUCUGCGCCGGAUCCAAGCACUGCCCCGGCUGCGGCCACAAGCUCGUCAAGCCGGAUUGGUUAGGCCUGCCAGCUGGUGUAAAAUUCGACCCGACCGAUCAGGAGCUGAUCGAGCACCUCGAGGCCAAGGUCGAGGCGAAACACGACAUGAAAUCUCACCCUCUCAUCGACGAGUUCAUCCCCACCAUCGAGGGGGAGGACGGCAUCUGUUACACCCACCCAGAGAAACUCCCCGGAGUGACAAGAGACGGUUUGAGCAGGCAUUUCUUCCACAGGCCAUCGAAAGCUUACACCACGGGGACAAGAAAGCGCAGGAAGAUACAGAACGAGUGCGACCUCCAAGGCGGCGAAACCCGGUGGCACAAAACGGGGAAAACCCGACCCGUUAUGGUCAACGGCAAGCAGAAGGGUUGCAAGAAGAUCUUGGUUCUCUACACCAACUUCGGCAAGAACAGGAAACCCGAAAAAACCAACUGGGUCAUGCACCAGUACCAUCUGGGGCAGCACGAGGAGGAGAAAGAAGGCGAGUUAGUGGUAUCCAAGAUAUUUUACCAGACCCAGCCCAGACAGUGCAACUGGGUCGAUCGGAGUGGUGUUGGUGGCACUAAUGUGGGGUUGAUGACGGUUGGUGGUGGUGGUGGUGGUGGUGGAGGAGAAGGAAGCACGAGCGGGAGUUGUUCUUCUUCGAAGGAAGUUAUCAUCCAUCACGGCCAGAGGGAGAGUGGUCUUGAUCAGCUUCAUGGAGCUGUUGCGGCGGUCAUGUCGAGUUACUCUACUCCCAUGGAGAUCGCGCAGCAGAUGAAGUCUCACGAUCAACAUCAUCAUUUCGGGUUCACCCAUUUCAGGAAAAGUGGGUUUGAUGAGGUGGGGAUGGUAGUAACAGGUGGAGGAGGAGAGGCUUCGACGGCAAGGGAAGGCGGGCCGGCCCAAACAUCCGGCACGUGCGAUGAGAUCGGAGAUCACCAUCAUCACCAUCAAAAUCCACAUCAUCAUCAGACUGCGCCACAUCAGCAUCAACAUCUGGCCCACGACCAUCCACAUCAGCAGCAGCAGCAGCAGCGCCAUGCAGUCGCACUAGGGCAUCACCAUCAUCAGAACAUAGCUGCAACUUCGGCGGCGGCGGCGUUCCACAUAAGCAGGCCGUCGCCGCCGAUAUCGGCGAUCAUCUCGCCGCCGCCGAUCCACCACACCUCCAUCAUCCUCGACCAGGAUCCCUACCAUGUCUCCCGCCUCAUGCUCCACAACGAGAUCCACCAGCAGCAGCAGCAGCAGCAGGAAGAGCAGGAGCGGCAGCAGCAGCAUCAUAAGAUGGUCGGAGGAAGGUCGGCGUCUGGCCUGGAAGAGCUCAUAAUGGGGUGCACUUCGUCGUCGGCGGCCUCUGAUAUUAAAGAAGAAUCCUCCAUUGCCAACCCUCAAGAAGCAGCAGAAUGGAUGAAGACCUACUCUUCUUUCUGGCCAGACCCUGACAACCAAGAUCAUCAUGGGUAAAAAAACAAAAAAAAAACAGAAAUAGUUUUCUUAUUAUCAAAACCCUAAAAAAAAAAAAGAACAGAGAAACCUGCACCAUAUAUAAUAUAUACAGACACACCAUCAUUGUCAUCAUCAUUAGUACUUGAAGCCUCCAUUUCUAGCUUCCUCUCUAGUUCUUUCCAACAAAGAGAAAGAGCCCUCUCUCUAGAGUUUGGUUUCUUUCUGUGGGUUUCUGGUUGGGUCUUUUUUUCUGUGAUCUCUUUGGGAAUUGGGGCAGUCAUACUUUAGGUCUCAAAUGGCUCUCAACUGAACUAACUGUCCAUGCUGGAAAGAAGGGAAAGGUAAAGAGGGACAGAAGAAAGGAAAGAGCCAAGAAAAGAAAAGAGAACCCAAGGAAGAAAAAGAGGGAAGAAAAGAAAGCCUGCUGCCCUCUCUCUCUAUCU